AUUUCAAGAAUCGGGCCCAGAAAUAGAAGCAAGCCAGUGCCUUUAGCUUUGCCACGUGCAGGGAUUUGAAAAGACCAAACUGUCCUAUCACCUUCUCCCCAUGAUCCCAGACCAAACCCCACUGGUGAAGGACUGAUCCCGCUCUAUUCAGCCACCUCUCAGGCGAAGAAGGAUUGGGAGAGAUAACGAAGAGUGAACUAAUAAAAUCGAUCGAACAUGGGAGGAGGAGCAGAGCACGGUCACGGAGCUGAUGGGUCCCAUGGGGACUUCAGGGCGAAGGUGUGGAGCAUGAGUGGUGGCCCAUACUGCAGGCCCAAGCAUUGGCGUCGCAACACCGCCAUUGCUAUGUUCGGCGUUGUCCUCAUCUGCAUUCCCAUCGCCAUGAAAUCGGCCGAGCUGGAGCAACGCCCACAUCAUCCUGUUCGCCCAAUUCCGUCACAGCUUUGGUGCAAGAACUUUGGUACUAAAGACUACAACGAAGUGAAGUGACAGUAGAAGUUGAAUUGAUCUAUCUUGCAUUGUGUCUAAGCAAGACUCUGUAUCUUUUGAUCCCGGAUUUGAGCAACACUUGUUUUAGUUAUAUGCUAGAAUAAGCUUUAAAUCUACAACUUAAUGAGUGGAUUAUCGAUUUUGAUUAUAUUGUUAAUAAAUUGCUGUCUAUUUUGUUUUUCA